CAGAGCACAAUGGGUUGUACUCCUUCACGUAGUGAUAUUGUUAAGAAUCCUGAAACAAAGUUGAUGGAUAAAAGAAUUACAUUAGUUGACCGAGGAGGUGAAGGUUUUUCAUUUCCUUUGCUGAUCAAAGGCUCCUCUUCUUGUGAUACUGAAGGAAUAAGAGAGGAGGAGGCUCAAGUUAAAGAUCACUUCUUCAAAAAUUUAUCAAAUGAAGAGAAGGAUGUUAAUUUCUAUUCCUCAUCUGAGGAUCCUUUGCUGUCUGAGCUGGACCAGGAAGAGAAAGAAAUUGAAAAGAUAGUCUCAAAGACUGAGAUAGCUAUUUCUGAAUCGAUGAAGUUAAACAAAGGCAAACAUAUGGCAGAAGCAAUUAUGAUAAAAAAACAACAAAGUUCUGAGUCAGAAAAGGUUGAUGCUACCAUGGGAGAUAAAAGUGAAAACAACAAAAAUCAAAAACACAAAAAUGGAAAGAAGCAAAGGAACAGGCAGGGAAAAUCAGGGCGUCCUUGCAAAAUUAAAGAGAAAUCCAAUCCUUCUGCAUGUCAGCUGGAGAAAAAGGUAGAUUUCCCAGACGCUCUUGUUAAGGCCCAUCAAAACGCAUAUGCAUAUCUCAAUCCUAAUAUUGCCAAAUAUAAGGCUAUCUUAUGCAUGACAGAUCAGGUUACUGAAACGCAAUUAAUUGUGCAACAAUUGGUGAACUUUUUGCUUUUUCGGUUUGAUGGAAUCAACCACCUUUUAGAAGAAAUUAUUGAAGAUGGAGAAAACCUGCUGAAAGAAGUGGGAGGGAACCUGGUUUGGCCAGCUGGCAAAGAAAAUCCAAAAGAGCAGCCAGAUCUUUUGCAACAAUUACUACAAUACACUGUCAACAAAAUGCAGUUGUUAAAUGGAACUGUGGCCUCUUUAGCCUCUGAUGUCCUGCAGGAGUCUUGCAGCUUUUUGCAGUCUGCAAGUACCAGUUUAGAAGAAAAAAUGAAAGCAAAGCAACAUCUUGAUGAACACUUGGUCAGGAUAAUAAAGAACCUUGAAGAAUCUGCAGUUGGAUCUUCCAAUCAUUACCUUGAUGAUAUGACUCUUUAUUCUGAAGACAGUGGAAUAGGCAUUGACAGUGAAUCAGUGAAAGAUUUGAAUAUUAUUGAUCGGCAUGGAAUGGAAACAAAUUGUGAGGGCAUUCACAAAAGUCCAUGCAACUCCAGGAAUGAUGUAAGCAUGUCCCAAGACUGUAUGCUGGAAAAACCGUUUAAGAAUAUAUCUUACUCACCUCCACAGACAAGGAGUUCAAUAUCAUCAUCUGAGGUAGUAUCAAAAAUUAGAUCCACUCUUCUCCAACAUCAAAAUACCUUGAAAACUUUUAACUCUGGGCACUCUGAUAUAACCCAUGAAAGUAAUAGCUUCAAACAGAGUGAAUUGGGCAGCAUUUCCUCCACAAAUGAAGACAAUAGUGCCAACAGUUUAUCUGAGGAAGAAUGUGACUCUAUAAGUCUGUCUGAAAAAGAAAAAAAUGCUUUAUCUAAAAGAUCUAUAUCUUUUCCUGCAGCGCAAGAGAAUAGACAGAAGCCUUCCACCAAACAAAUAGAUAGCACAGAUAAUGAGAUAAUUCUCAAAAUGAAAGAUGCCAUUAGUGAAAAGAUAAAAUUUGUUCCAGCUAAAUGUCGACAAAGGGCAUGGAUGGAAGAUGAAAAUGGAAAAGAAUUUCUGAGACCUAGUACAGCCUCUGGGGGCCAGAAGACACGGAUUAAACAAAAACGGUCUAGGUCUGAGGUGUCUCUCAAAAGUCAUGCUGAGGACCCAACUCUUUUGGAACUUCAAAGAACUCAAAAAGAUCUUGACAGAAGGUUAGAAUUAUUUUAUCAAUUAAAUGGAAAAGAGGAAAUCAUUGAUACAUUGGAAAUAUUGAAUCCAAAAGAAUUGUCUGACUCAGAAUAUUUUGAGCCUAUUGCUCACAGAACUUCCACUAAUAAACUGAAAGCAUCUCUUGCUAAAAAUUUCAAUAUACUGCCUGAUUCUUCAUGUAGAUACAAUGAAAAUGUAAAAUGUAAAAAAUCGGCCACAACUGGCAUGUCUUCAGAAGAUCUGAUAUCUAUAAAAGAAAAUUAUUCUGGGACCACCAAACCGAACACUCUACCAUGUAAAUCUGUGAAAAAAUUAAUUGAAACAUUUAGCCCAUCUGAAAGUCUGGUGAAACACUCAAACUUAAGAACGUUGGGCCCAAUAAAAUGUGUCAGAAAGUUUGGACUUCAAAGUAUUUCUCCCAACCUUCCACUUUCCAAAGGAUUUGUGCCCUUAAAUCAUAAACAUCAAGUUUCACCAUUAGAAGAUACCAGUUGCAAAAACAUCAGAACUAGACAUUGUACUCUUAGUGACAAUAGUUCAAUGGAAUUUGCAAGUAGUCUUGAUACAAAUGAGGAUUCUGGUGAGAUUGAUAUGGAAAACCUACCUCCUCCACCACCUGAAAUGUUAAUGGAAAUGUUACUUGAAUCGACUGAAUGUUCAGGAGAUAUAAAGAUGGAAGAAAACUAUUUGGAAGUGGUUGAUAAGACUACCAGAGCAAAUGAACAGUGCACCACCAAGAAAAUUACUCAGAUUUCUCCACGGAGGAAACUUUCUAUCUGUUCACUUGAUUUGUUACCAAAUAAGAAACUCAGCAAUUCCCCAGCUGUCAACAAAGCACUAAAUAACGAGGUAGAUACCAUACCAAAUAAAUAUUUCUUGGAGUUGAGUGCAACUCAUAUGUCUGAUUGCCGCAAAAGGGAUGAUGAAAUGGAAAAGGUUGCAGAUCUAUACAAGCAGUCUUGUAAAAUAAUACCUCUUCCAAAUCCUAAAGAAGCAUCAGAACCAAAUGGGAGCAAUCCAGGAAACAUGAUUAACAAUGAAGUUCCUUUACCUGAAAAGCAAAGUUCUCCUGAUUUAUUAAAGAAAAAUGAGAAAACGUCAGGUUUUAUCAGCCGAAUAUCACCAGUAAGAAUACCACCUACCUCACCUCCUAAUCAGAAGAGGUUUCCAAGUCCACCACUGUAUCACAGAGCUAUUCAUCAAGUUUCUUCUCCCAUUCUACAUCAGCAACCUAGUCCCUCAACUCACUCCAGGUCAGCAAGUCCCCCAGUACAGAGAAAAGUGAUUUCCCCACCACCCCAGCAAAAUCUCUCUAAUCCUCCAGUAAUACGCAAACAACAAAGUUCCCAGAAUCAAAAAGUGUCCAGCCUACCAUCCCAUGACCAAGAAGCAAACCCACCUCCUUUUGGAACUACUCCAUCUAUUUCCCCAUUUCAGUUUCAUAGAUGUUUACAAAACAAUAUGGACUCCAAGGACGAGCCACAUUCUGCGUCCCCAAAGUUUGUUAGCAAUGCUCACUCAAUAUUUUGCCCAGCUACUUCUUCUUUAUUUGAAGCCAAGCCAGUGGUGUCAUCAAACAUCAACCCAAUGGGAGGGGCUGUGGCCCACCCUGAAGCCUCAACAUCUGUAAGGAGAAAUAGCAUCAGGCAACUUGUGGGUCAACAGAGGACGAUCAACAGUGCCACUAGUCCUCAGCCUUGCCUCAGAAGGAGCUUCUCUGAUCACAGGCCUGAAUUCCAGCUUCCACUGCCAGUUUUUGUUACAGCAGAAAGUGACCCUGUGCUUAAUCAAGCAAGCAUGGAAAAUGGCCUUUUAAAGGAAGGAGACUCUUGGAAAAGCAAAUAUUUCUCUGAGGGAAAAGGAAUAGGCAAGUCAUCUUCUUAUCCUGAACUCUACAUUGUGGGUCAAGGACUCCAGAAGGCCUAAGUGAAAUUAGUAAGAUUGGAAGAAGUCAGAACCCAGACUGAAGAUAUCUAAUGUUGUCCUAUGGAACCUACAUUCCUUUUACUAUCUAUAUCCGAGAAGACAAGAUAUUGGGUAGAAUUUGACAGCUGAACACUGUGAGGCUCUAAAAUACAUUUGUACUGCAUUCUAAGCUGUAGAGCUCACAGCUUAGAAAAUAAGAGUAUCUAUUCAAAAUAUGCAAAGAUCAGUAGUGUUGUGAGCCACAGAAAGCAUGUAAAAUGCCAGACAUCUCCUACACAACCUAAUUUUAGAUAACUCUAGUAAAGGGGUAAAGUCUACAUAGUUUAGGGAAUGACAAGGGAAAGCAGCCGAUGAAAACAUCUGGUGUAGAGUCUCCUUUAUCACUUAUAUUUUUAUGAAAGUUUGUUGUUAAACUAAGAAAAAAGACUACCAUUGGAAGUGGGUAUGCCUAUUUAACAAAAGGAUCCCAUAGUAGGCACAAUCAGUUUCAAAUAACUAUUUCAUUAGGCAACAGAGUGGUUGUUCCUUGCCAUCCAUUAUUUACACAUUAAGAACAACUAUAAAAGAAUUAAGAGUUUCUGGAAGUCUAGUUAACAUCAAGGAGAUGCCCAUAGCCAUACUAAUGCUCAUGGUCACUUUCCAGUAGUAGCUUCUGCUGGACUACAGAAAGCUUAAUAGAAAAGCAGCAAUAUCUGUUAAAAAAACCUGGAAGCACAAUUCAAUAGUGCACAUAACUCUUUCUUGGACAAAGAUAGAUGACAGAGAUAGAUUGAUAGAUAGAUAGAUUAUAGAGAUGAUAUCUAUUAGGAAGAGCACUGAGUUCUGUCUGUAAGUGAAGUAAGCAGAUGAUAUAGUAUAAAUAACUGGGAUGAACUAUGUAUUGGAAUAGUAACCCCAAAGGAGAUUUUUGGCCAUCUUUGGUCAGUCCACACAUACUGCAAAACUAGGUUGUAUAUCACCUAGUUUUUGACUGUAUAUCCAUGUAUUCUAGUUAGCUAUGCAUCUUUGUCUUGUAUUAUUCUGAAGUGCCAUCAUUAAUGUAUAAGGGAAUAAAAAUUAAGUAGCCAAUACACAAGAGUA